AUGGCAAGGGAUAGUCUGUUGACUUUCAAGGAUGUGUCUGUGGACUUCUCCCAAGAGGAGUGGCAAUGCCUUGACCCUGCUCAGAGGAUUUUGUGCAUUGAUGUGAUGUUGGAGAAUUACAACAACCUGGUCUCUGUGGAGAACUAUUUCACAUGUUAUCCUGUCCAUCAACAUGGGAAGACUGAAAAAGAGUCUUGUCGGUGUAAUCAGUUUGGGGAUAUUCUUCAUGACCCCUCCACAUGUGCACUUAUUCGAAUAAGUGAAACUACAGAAACCUCUAAUGACUGUAGAUGCAGUAGUCCUGGAGAUGCCUCUCUUGACUUAUCAAAUACAGAUAUACAUGAAAGCGUACACACAGGAGAAAAACCUUGCAAUUCUAAAGAUUUUGAGAAACCCUUAGACUUGACUUCAGGCAUUACUCAAGACCAGAGACUCUACACUAAAAAGAAAGAACACAGAGAGGGAGAAGAUGAUGAAUGUUUUGAUACUACAAAUACUCUUUGGCAACAAGCAACAAGCAACUACAUUGGAGAGAAACGGAGCCAGUGUGGGAAAUGUAAGAAAUGCUUCAUUACUGCAUACCUCACUGUACAUCACAGAAUUCAUACAGGAGAAAAGCCUUACACUUGUAAGGACUAUAACAAAUCCUUUAUUAUGAAGUCAAUUCUUACAGAGCAUCAAAGAAUUCAUACAGGAGAGAAACCGUACACAUGUAAUUACUGUGGCAAAUCUUUUACUCUGAAGUCAAAUCUCAGAGUGCAUCAGAGAAUUCAUACAGGAGAAAAGCCUUACACGUGUAAAGACUGUCACAAAUCCUUUACUGCGAAGUCAACUCUUACAGAGCAUCAAAGAAUUCAUACAGGAGAGAAACCGUACACAUGUAAUUACUGUGGCAAAUCUUUUACUCUGAAGUCAAAUCUCAGAGUGCAUCAGAGAAUACAUACAGGAGAAAAGCCUUACACGUGUAAAGACUGUCACAAAUCCUUUACUGUGAAGUCAACUCUUACAGAGCAUCAAAGAAUUCAUACAGGAGAGAAACCGUACACAUGUAAUUACUGUGGCAAAUCUUUUACUCUGAAGUCAAAUCUUAGAGUGCAUCAGAGAAUUCAUACAGGAGAGAAGCCUUACAAAUGCCAGGAAUGUGACAAAUCUUUUACUACAUGCACAUAUCUUAGCGAACAUCAGAAAAUUCAUACAGGAAAGAAAUCUUAUAAAUGUGGAGAAUGUGGCAAAUCUUUUGCUACAUUCACAUAUCUUAGAAAACAUAAGAAAAUUCAUUCUGGAGAAAAGCCUUACAAAUGUGGAGAAUGUGACAUGUCCAUUGUCCAGAGGUCAAAUCUUAAAAAACAUCACAGGGUCCAUACGGGAGAGAAACUGUACAAAUGUACACCAUGUGAGAAAUCCUUAUCCUUCAAGAAAAAUCUUAGUACACAUCAGAUUGUCCAUAUGGAAAGGAAAGUGAAAAAAAAUCUGGAAUGUGGCAAAUCUUUUUCCUACACAAGAUAUUUUAGUGCACCUGAGAGAGUUCACACUGGAAAGGAAUAUUAUGGACAAAAGGAAUGUAAGAAGAUUUUGAGUAGCUGCUCAUAUCUUGGAGCACAUCAGAAAAUUAAUAUCACAGAGAAACUAAACAAAAGUUAA